UCAGUUCACGCGAGAGUGCGAUCACACCAGAGAGGCAGGGAAGAUGGCGGCGCAGGAGACCGAAGCAACAAGACAACCAGCCCUAAGCAACGGCGAGGUGAGCAGCAAUGGAGCUGCGGGAGGAGAACAGGCCGUCCAGACCGAGCAGGCAGUACAGGACCCCCAGCAACCGCCACAGCCCCCGCCCAACGCGUGGCAGGUCAUCAAGGGCGUUCUGUUCAGGAUCUUCAUCAUCUGGGCGAUCAGCAGCUUGUUCCGGCGGAGCCCGGCCACGCCCGAGCAGAGUGGGCCGGCCGGCGCCCCCCGCGUGCCCAGCCGUAACCUCUUCCCCAAGGACACCCUCAUGGAUUUGUACGUCUACGUCACCCAGAAUGAGCAGUUCUCUGAGUUCAAUGACACAGAUGCCCUGUACUGGUACCAGAGGGAUCUGGUGUACGGAGACUGGGUCACCGGAGAAAACCAAGAUGGCUGCUAUGAGCUGUACCAGGAGAUGGACAUCCCUGAGACGGUGCUGCAGAAUGGCUCCCUCUACAUCCACGUGUACUUCACUAAGAGUGGGUUCCACCCGGACCCCAAACGCAAGGGCGAGUACCGGCGGCUGGCCACAGUGCACGCCUCCCGAAUGCUGAACAAGUACAAGCGCAGAAAGUUCCAGAAGACCAAGAACCUGCUGACUGGGGAGACCGAGGCAGACCCCGAAGUGAUCAAGCGGGCGGAGAGCCACGGUCCAGUAGAGGUGAUUUCCCAUUGGCACCCCAACCUGACCAUCAACAUGGUGGAUGACCACACAGCCUGGGUUAAGGGCUCUGUGCCACCACCUCUGGAUCAACAUGUGAAGUUUGACGCGGUGAGCGGAGACUACUACCCCAUCGUCUACUUUAACGACUACUGGAACCUGCAGAAAGACUACUACCCCAUCAACGAGACCCUGGAGAAGCUCCCGCUUCGCCUGACCUUCUGCCCCCUCUCCCUGUGGCGCUGGCAGCUCUACGCCGCCCAGAACGCCAAGUCGCCCUGGAACUUCCUGGCCGACGAGACCUACGAGCAGUCUGACGAGGACCAGGACUCCGUCAAGGUGGCUCUGCUGGAGACCAAUCCCUACCUGCUGGGCCUGACCAUCGUGGUGUCCAUCGUCCACAGUAUCUUUGAGUUCCUGGCCUUCAAGAACGACAUCCAGUUCUGGAACAGCCGGCAGUCCCUGGAGGGCCUCUCUGUUCGCUCCAUCUUCUUCGGUGUCUUCCAGUCCCUUGUGGUCCUGCUCUACAUCCUGGACAAUGAGACCAACUUUGUGGUGCAGGUCAGCGUCUUCAUCGGACUGCUCAUCGACUUCUGGAAGAUCACCAAAGUCAUGGACGUCAAGCUGGACAGAGAGAACAAAUUGGCUGGAAUCAUCCCGCGCUUGGUCUUCAAAGACAAGUCCACUUAUGUCCAGUCCUCCACCAAAAUCUACGAUGACAUGGCCUUCAGGUACCUGUCCUGGUUGCUGUACCCCCUGUUUGGCUGCUAUGCGAUCUACAGCCUGCUGUACGUGGAGCACAAAGGCUGGUACUCCUGGGUUCUGAGCAUGCUGUACGGCUUCUUGUUAACCUUUGGCUUCAUCACCAUGACGCCCCAGCUCUUCAUCAACUACAAGAUGAAGUCGGUGGCCCACCUCCCGUGGAGGAUGCUGACCUACAAGGCGCUCAACACCUUUAUCGACGACCUGUUCGCCUUCGUCAUCAAGAUGCCCAUGAUGUACAGAAUAGGCUGCCUCAGGGAUGAUGUAGUGUUCUUCAUCUACCUGUACCAGCGCUGGAUCUACAGGGUGGAUCCCAACCGCCUCAACGAGUUCGGCACCAGCGGGGCGGACCCCGCCAGCGACAGCUCGGAGCCGGGGGCGAGCAGCGAGCCGGCCGCCAUCACAGAUAAACCAGAGGGGGAGAAGAAGAAUGACUGAGAGCCGGAAACGCCCAAACCCCCCCCCUCCCCCUUUUUGCCCAACCUCUCCCAGAGGAGAGCAUCCGCCCGGGCCAGGCAGCCUGUUUCAUUGGCGGGGGAAGAGGACGGAGCCACCGCGUUCUGUAACGGGCACCUCAACCAAUUCACUUCAACUUUUCCUUUCUGUUUGUUGGGAUCCAUGACCGGUCAUGUUUAAUAUAGACUUCAUGUUUUUUUUUAUUUUAUUUUUUUUUAUUCCCCUUUUUGCAGUUCCAGUGAAGUAAAAUGUGAUUGUACUGUAUUGUAUUUUAUUUUAUUUUUUUUCAACUGUUGAGUCUAGGAC